AGGCCGCCCCAGCUGCCCUUCUCCCCGCAGGUCUACACCGCCGUCUACUACGUGCUGGCCGACCUGCUCAUGCUGUCGCUCUACUGCUACUACAAAGCCAAGAACCGAAGCGGAGGACUCCGUGCUCCCCUCAACACAGCCUUCGUCUUUGUUCUCCUGGGGACGGUGUCCACCAUGUCCCUCCUGGGCGGAGAGGCCGGCUCAGCACAGUGGCCAGCCACGUUCAAAGGGAGGGCGCUCCUGUCUGCCGGCGGGGAGGAGGCGGGGGAUACGCCGUUCACCAGGAAGGAAAUCAUCGGCUUCACCAUCGGCUCCAUCUCCUCCGUGCUCUACCUGUGCUCCCGGCUCCCCCAGAUUUAUACUAAUUACAAGAGGAAGUCGACUGUUGGGGUCUCCUUCUCGCUCUUUGCUCUGGUGAUGCUGGGGAACACGCUGUACGGCGUGAGCGUGCUCCUGAAGAACCCGGAGCCGGGGCAAAGCGAGAGCAACUACAUCCUCCACCAUCUUCCCUGGCUCAUUGGCAGCCUGGGCGUCCUCUCCCUCGACGCGAUUAUCUCUCUCCAGUUCCUCGCUUACCGGAGGGGAAAGCCCGGCUCUCCCGAGGAGAGAGACGCCCUCCUCGGCGAGCAGGACAAGCCCUUCGACAGCUGACAGAGGCGACUCGCCCUGGUGCGAGGACAACAAGAAGACGCGGGCGAGAAAACAGACCUUAGAGCCAGGCAAACCGGAUGCUGGGUCCUGCCAUCGUCGUCUUUGGGUGCCAAGGUGUCCUGCCUGGGUGACCUCACACCUUGUCGACACCGAUGACGCUAACAGGCUAAAUGAAGAAGAAACAGGGCUGCUCUGGCUUUCUGUACCGUGUCUCGAAGGUGAUCCUGAGCUUCCCCUGUUCCUGGCCAAAGCAAAAAGAGCCUCAGGAGCUGUGUGGAAGUGCUGGAGCUCAGGCACGAGCGCCGCUUCCCUCCUGCCUGUCGCUCGCUGCUGCUCCCUGAGGUCUUUCUGGAAGAGCCGGCAGGGAGGGAUACCGAAAGCGUUCUAAUCCCCACGUUCAUGUUUUAAUGGCCGUGGCUCACACCUCUAUAAAAACGAAUCCUUGCCCCUGCCCUGUGCCUCCUUUUGCUUUUGUUUUCAAGGUUCAUCCGGCGCUUGCUGCUUCUCUGUUAGCUUCGUAUUCUCCCUUUUCUGAAAUGCAUGGACUUUGGAUUUUUUUUUUUUUUUUUGGUUGGCUUCCUUUGGUCUCACUGAGUUUUUAACUGGGGCUGCUGUGGGAAAGCUGGUGCCUUUCUUUCCACUUAGCUGCUAGCGCUGUGACCAAGGCAGCAGCGGGGGCAGGAGGGCCUGUUUCUGUCCAUGCCCUGCUUUGCUCCCGCCUGCCCUUACGGGAGACCAGCAGCUCCUCAGUGCUGUGCAAACCGUGGUACGGGUGCAGGAAGGUGCUUUAAGCCUUUUUGUAUUACCACUGCUUCACUCGGCAACACUGCCAAAAGCCUGGGGGCCUCCCUGGGGGCUGCAGGGUGUGCACGUGUGCUGUCUCCUCUCCUCCACUGUGUUUCUGUUAGAGCUGCAUCAGACUGGCCCGCGGGGGGGAUGCUUCAGCAUGGGACUGUAAUCAGGUUAAGCAAAAUUAGUGUAAAGUUAGGGUGUGUUAAUGCCACCAAGGUGCACUUGGCAUUUGCAAGUCACAGGGGGAAGCCCUGAGGGGCCCUUUGCUAGUGUCGAGCAGCUGUGCUUAAAUCAGCUGAGCGCCCCAAAAAGCCUCUGCCUGCCCCAGCUGUGUUUCAACACACCCACUUUCCCCCUAACUAUAUAAUAAAGCCCAACACUGCUGCUGCCUCCUCCUCCCACACAUCUGUUUCAGGUUUGCUGGCUGCCUGCAGCAUUGGUCCCAGCCUACAUGAAACCUUGUUUAAAACAAGUUUCAGCCUGGUGUUGAGAGGGGGAGGAAAAAAAAAGCUUUCUUGCUUGCUGCAGGCGAACGCUACAGAGGCAGUCGGGAUUUCGGGGCUCGGUGUUUGCCUGUGUCCUCGAGCGCAUCUACUGCCAGAGCGACGCUGCCGGGAAGGGAAACUUUUAGGCCACAAGCCCCAAGUAACGCAACUGGAAGGAAAAGGAGAAAUAAGAAGGACACCAAACACAUGCUGCUUCCUGGGAGAUUUUUUUUAUUUAUUUAUUUUUUUAGUCAUUUUU